CCUGGCCCCCUUCAGCCCGAGCAACGAGCGAAAGCAGAUGAAGUCAUCAGAUCUUGACCAGGAAUUAUUCACAGAAACCUACUGUAAAGUGUGCAGCGCUCAGCUAAUAUCGGAAUCUCAGCGUGUGGCCCAUUAUGAGAGUCGGAAACAUGCAAGCAAAGUUCGGCUUUACUAUAUGCUCCACCCAAUAGAUGGAGGCUGUCCUGCUAAGAAGCUGCGGUCAGAAAAUGGCAGCGAUGAUGACUUGGUGGAUAAGAACAAGUGCUGCACACUGUGUAACAUGUCCUUUACUUCAGCCGUGGUGGCUGAGUCACACUAUCAAGGGAAAAUCCAUGCCAAAAGGUUAAAACUGUUGCUAGGAGAGCAGCCAACAUUAAAGGCCACAGAGACAAACCUGAGUUCCCUAAAGCAGCCACAUGUGGACAGCACUCCGGUGGUGUCUCCACCCCACCAGAGAAGAGACUCUGACCGGUAUUGCCAGCUUUGUGCAGCUUGGUUUAAUAACCCGAUGAUGGCACAGCAACACUACGAUGGGAAAAAACACAAAAAGAAUGCAGCCCGGGCCGAUUUAUUAGAGCAGCUAGGGAAGACGCUUGACCUAGGGGAGUUAAGAGGUCUGAAGCGCAGCUAUACGUGUAACAUCUGUAACGUCACUCUAAACUCAAUAGAACAGUAUCAUGCACACCUGAAGGGCUCCAAACAUCAGACCAACCUGAAGAACCAAUAGAGGGGCAUCAAUCUCUGAGUCAGUGAAAUGUUCCCGGCCCAGAUUUCUUCUUUGCAGAAGAGCCCUUUGCCUACAGACAUGAUGCUUUCUUGGACAAUAAGCACUACCUGUGUGGCAUCAUAAAUGUAUAGCUAAUCUUUGCUUUUGGACUAUGAAUGGAUUUUACUUUUAUUUUUUAUUUUGUGGUGAGUAACAAGAUUCAGAUGGACUUUUUUACCUUUUGGAAGUAGAUUCUAUAUAUUCAGUCUAAAAUCAAGAGUAUGUUUAAAACUGUAAGAUAGAAAACAAAACUUUCACGUUCAUCUUCGGAUACCACUGGAAUAAUUUUUUUUCUUUUUUCAUAUUUAUUCUUAGAUUUCUUCAGAGAGUAUAAGAUCCUAUUAAAUUAUCCAUGAUUGUGAUGUAAGUAACCAGUCUUCAGCAAGAAAUAAACAUGUUAUCUUCAUAUUA